GGGGGGCUGAUGGGUGGAUUGUGGCUGUGUGGCCGUGCACUCAAAGCAACGCAAAAUAAAAUAACAUCUCAGAGGAUGAGGUGUACACCCUCAUCUUCACUCUCAUGCCUCCCCUCCAUUCCCCUUCAAAAUUCAAACAUCCCCACCACACCAAAAUCCCCACCAUAACCUCCGUUUCACUUUUCUCCUGCCUUUCCCCUUUCUAACUAGUAUUUUUAGAAGCAUCUAUACUGCCAGUACCAGGAGAAGGAAAGGAAGGGAGGGCUAGGGAGGGAGUCCGAAGAUGACCACGGCGAGGUUCGUCAAGUGCGUGACAGUCGGCGAUGGAGCUGUGGGGAAGACGUGCAUGCUCAUCUGCUAUACCAGCAACACCUUCCCGACGGAUUACGUCCCGACCGUGUUCGACAACUUCAGCGCCAACGUGGUGGCGGAUGGAAGCACGGUGAACCUCGGGCUCUGGGACACCGCAGGGCAGGAGGACUACAACAGGCUAAGACCUCUCAGUUACAGAGGGGCCGAUGUGUUCCUGUUAGCUUUCUCUCUCAUUAGUAGGGCCAGCUAUGAGAAUAUUUACAGAAAGUGGAUCCCUGAAUUAAGGCAUUAUGCUCCUAAUGUGCCAAUUGUGCUUGUGGGAACUAAACUUGAUUUACGUGAUGACAAGCAGUUUCUCAUUGAUCACCCUGGUGCCGCACCAAUUACAACUGCACAGGAAAGUAUAUCAAAUGAGAAGAACAGAUAUUAUCAAGUUCUUUUCUCAAGCUGCAUAAAUAUUUUACAAUACAUAUUUUGUUUUUUGGAACAGGGAGAAGAGCUAAAAAAGAUGAUAGGCGCAGCUGUUUAUAUAGAAUGUAGUUCCAAGACUCAACAGAAUGUGAAGGCCGUGUUUGAUGCUGCAAUUAAGGUGGUUCUAUCUCCCCCAAAGCCCAAGAGAAAGAGAAGAAAGCAACGGACUUGCUUUAUUUUAUAAGUUUGAUGAGUUUCUUCAAUUGAGCAAUGUUGUUCAUUUCAAGAGAAGUUGUAACCAUAUAUCAAAGUGUUAGCCUUCUUCUUUUCAUUUAUUAUUACUUCUAAUGGAUGCACUUUGUUUUGAGAUCUUAAUGAUAACAAAAAAAAAUGUUUUGAGAUCU